UUCCCUUUUCAUACGUUGAUUGGAUUUCGUUUGGUUUGUUUGUGCUACGCGAUAAUCAUUUGUAGUUUAUUCGCAACGUGAAUAGCAAAAGAAUAAAUUUAGGUAUAAAAUUCUUUGUGAUUGCCUUAAGGCGAAGUUAAAUCAUAUAAAUAAUGUGCAAAAAAAUUGUAGUAUAAAUUCAAAAACAUCGAUUUCAAACGUAUAUCUAUAUAUACCAGAAUCUGCACGGUAGUAAAUGUAUAACGCGAACAAGUGCAAGUGCCAUACAAGCAAAUAUUUUCCUUUCGCAAUAAGUUUUCCGCUUGCAGUUAAAAAAAAACAACGUUCUAUUCCAUAUUCAGUGAUUACAUUAGCUUAAAAGCAACAAAUUUUUUGUGUGCAAGUGUGCAAUAGGUAAAUACGGAAGUCAACAAAUAGCGAAAAAGCUAAGUGGAAGACAGACAAAGAAAAUAAAUAAAUUUUGCAGUGUGUGCGUGGGAAACGAAUAAAUCGCCAAUUUGUGAACGUUCUAGUGAAUAUUCAUACAACUACAUUGAUGGAGUUUGAAAACACCCAGUUUUUAGAAGCAGCGGCGGAAACAACAUCAGCUACAGCAGCCGCAGCGUCAGCAACAACUACAACUAUAGCAAAAGAUCUCACUGUCACUGAGCACAUGCAAUCCGGUUCCGGCCGCUUAAUGUCCAAUGGCAAUGAAAUGACAACGGUAGGCUCGCAGACAGCGACCAACGCCGCUACUUUGGAAAAUAAACAAAACCCCCCGAAAAUGCAGAAGCAGGCAAUGUCUGCCGAUGAGAGAAAUGCAACAAAACGAUCUCUAGUCAUACUGGCCGCGAUCUUUAUUACGAGUUUAUUCGCUAUGGCCUACGUAUACAUGAUAUUUCCCGAAUUGGAUGAAUCGGAAAAGCAACAUAUUAAAAUACCACGUGAUAUUCAAGAUGCUAAAAUGCUAGCCAAAGUUUUGGACCGGUACAAGGACAUGUACUACUUCGAAGUGAUGUUUGGCGUAGUCACCGCUUAUGUAUUCCUACAAACAUUUGCCAUUCCAGGAUCAUUAUUUCUAUCCAUUCUAUUGGGAUUCCUUUACAAGUUCCCCAUCGCUCUCUUCCUCAUUUGCUUCUGUUCAUCGCUGGGCGCAACACUUUGCUACAGCCUUUCCAAUUUGGUUGGCCGUCGACUGAUUCGUCACUUCUGGCCGAAGAAGACAAGCGAAUGGUCAAAGCAUGUGGAAAAGCAUCGGGACAGUCUGCUCAACUAUAUGCUGUUCCUACGCAUGACGCCCAUCUUGCCGAAUUGGUUCAUCAACUUGGCAUCGCCCGUGAUCGGUGUGCCUGUAUACACCUUCGCUUUGGGCACGUUCUUCGGUGUGGCACCACCCUCUAUCGUCGCCAUACAGGCAGGUAAAACAUUGCAAAAGAUGACUAGCUCCAGCGAGGCAUUCUCAUGGACAUCGAUGGGAUUGCUGUCCAUAUGCGCACUCGUCUCACUACUGCCUGGACUACUGAAGGAAAAGCUGAAAAAGAAGAUCGAGUAAAGCGUUUAGCUGUGCGAGCUGGCUCGAUGGGCGGCGGGCUGACUGGAGCGUGCCUGGAUUGCUCACCGCCAAAGGUUAUACAACUGGGGAUUUUUGUGUUAUUUGGUUGAUUGUCGAUUGUUUUAAGUGUGCUGCGUUCUUCAUAUUGUACGAAUAAGAUAAGAAAAUAAUAGAACAGCAAAGAAAAAUAGAUGGCUGUAUGUAGAUGUAGAUGCCCAUGAGGAUGUUUGAUGUGUACCAAUUAUUUGCUUUUUUAUAUACAUAUAAAAUAAAAGAUAUACAUACAUAUUUAUCCGAAUUAGCGCUCUGUAGACACACACACACACUUACAUACAAUGAAUUUUACAUGGGAGUAAAUGUACAGCUGAACUGUACAGCUGGUUUGAUAUUACAUAAAGGUGCAUAUGCAUAAGUAUGUAUAUGCAUGUACGUAUGUGUGUUUGUUGUAAUAUUCCAAUGAUAAUUUUAGCUGCUAUCUAGUUUAAGUUAGUUCAAAUUAAAUGAAUUUAUUUGCUUGACUCCAAACCAUGCAAAUUCUAGUACAUACACAGCUUUGCAGUAUUCGAAUUAAUUUUGUUUUCGCUCGUUUGUUGAAUGAAUUAUCUGAAUUGCUUUAGAUUAGAUUUACUUUUAUUUGCUAUGCUUAACAUCUCUUUCCAAUGCUUAACGGUAUAAUGCACUAAGAAUUAAAACAAAAAUGAAAUAAUAAAGCACGAAUACCCAAUAAAGUUUGCCUAUGUGUGGAAUGUUUUUCCCCUCCAAUAUCACUGUACUGUAAAGAAAGAUGUAUAGGGAAUGCUUUCCCCUCCAAUAUCACUGUAAUGUAAAGCAAAAAACAAAAACUUCAAACAGAUGGUGUAACUGUAAAUAUGUAGAUAAGUUAAAAAAUGUCUCUUGUGCACCUUUAGAAAUGCCAUAAAUAGUUGGAUUAUCACACGGAUGUGUUAAAAUUGAAUGUAUAGCUCUCUCAGAGUUGAGGUGUACGCGGGCUAAUGAAAAAUUAACUGAAAACCAUUUUUCUGCAUUGCAAAUUCCAUUUGAAUGAGUUAAGUGAUUCAAGUUUGUAUUAAUAGCGAAAUAAAAAAGCUAUAAACCACUUUAGACAUAAAAUUAAUAAAUAAAUAAAUACAAAUUGUACGGCUUUAAUAAAAAGUA